GUUUGAUUUAUGUAUUUAGCUGAACUGUUUAUUUUCAUUUACUUAAAUUCGAUUCUUUUGAAUGUGGAUUGUGGAAACAGAUGUGGGUUAUGCUUCAAUUUUAAUAAUGUGCAGUUUUUAGUAUAAUACUUCUACUUGUUAAAAUUGAGUUGAGCUAUUGUCAUUUCAGUGUCGUCUUUUAACUGAAGAUUUGAUGAAAUCUGAAAGCUUUAUUUAAGAUUACAGUUCUCUGAGGUCCACCCAGAAUUAGAGUUUGAAGUUUGAAUCUAAAGUGUCUUUCAGUGGUCUUGUUCCUUGGCCUUGCUCUACAUUUUAUUUGGACCUCAGAUAAUGUCAGGAGUAUCUAUGAGCAAGAUCUAAACUUGGUCACUACGAAAAUUGAUCAUAUCUAUUCUAGCUUUCCAAGGAGAUGCAUGCAUCAUAUUUGUAUGUGGUACAAAAUUUAAUUUGUUGAAGUCUCAGGAUAGGAUAUCAUAUGGGAGGUCAUAUUCAUGGAGAUUUAACCAAUACUUCUUCAACAUCAGAUCAGGUUAGGCAUGAAUCGAGUAAAUAUUACAUUGUUGAAAGGCACACUCAUCACAGAAAGCAGGUCCUUUUAUCAGGUCAACUGUGAUGCUGUGAGCAACACAAGUCUUCUUGAUGAUUCUUUUGAAUUCCGCUUAUCAGUAGAUGGCAUUAUCUCCAGUCUAGUUACAUUGACCACUUAUUUGCGUCACCGAUUGAUUCGUUUUAUUGAAGAUCUUGUUCUCCAAGAUGAAGGAUGCUCAGGGAGUUUGGUGUUCUGUUCCUCUGGACCACAUUCAAGAUCUUCUAGUCAUAACAUUCAUACAUUUGAUAGGGAAGCUUGCUCAUCAUCCCAUAAAUUUUAUACUGCUGAUACUAGCCCUGGAAUCUGUGGAAGAACCUCAGAUAUGAGGGAAGAAUUACUUGUAAAUACAAGUUAUGAAAUUAUAAAGAGCAGUUAUAGUCAUCAAGGUUUCUCCCUUGUUAUUAAAGGGUUGAUGCUUCCACUGUUUGGUUUUCGACUUGCCUGGAGAUUGGCAUUGGCCUCCUUGAGAUUUUCAUUCUAUUAUGUCAGAUGGGCACAACUUCAAGUUCGUAGCAUUACAUCUCGAGUGCGUAAAACUUUGCGUGGUUCAUCUGACGAUAUUGGAUGGUUGCCACGUACACCUGGAAUGGCUCCUGUGGAGGAUGGCACCGCUAGAUUCCUAGAGCUGCUUGGAAAAAUAAGGAAUGGAGAGCACACACUUCCCAACUCAUUUGUUUAUCUGUUAAUACCGGGCCUUUUUAGUAAUCAUGGUCCUUUGUAUUUUGUGGGCACUAAGAGAUUCUUUUCUAAGAUGGGUCUAGCUUGUCACAUUGCAAAAAUUCACAGUGAGGCAUCAGUGGAGCACAAUGCAUGCGAACUGAAGCAUUACAUUGAGGAACUCUACUGGGGCUCAGGAAAGCGUGUGAUGCUGCUUGGGCACAGCAAGGGUGGGGUUGAUGCUGCUGCUGCAUUGUCAUUGUACUGGUCUGACUUGGAAGAUAAAGUUGCUGGACUGGUACUGGUGCAAAGUCCAUUUGGUGGAUCUCCCAUAGCUUCUGACAUUCUCCGUGAAGGCCAAAUUGCAGACAAAGAAACCCGGAAGAUCAUGGAACUUUUGAUAUGCAAGCUCAUCAAGGGUGACAUUCGAGCAUUAGAAGAUCUCACUUAUGAUAAACGGAGGGAGUUCAUCAUGAAGCACAAGCUCCCUGAGCAAAUCCCUCUUAUCUCAUUUCACUCCGAGGCAAGCAUCGCGCCAGGUGUCCUUGCUACAAUGACACAAAUAGCACAAGCUGAACUUCCUUGGCUUCCGCUUCCAAGACUUGGGGUUCAGGAGCCUGAUGGUGUUGUUCAAGCAGGAUGUCAGGUACCAGUUGUGAUGCCCAUAUCUGCUGCCAUGGCUGUGUGUGCAUUCCACUUGCAGCUUAGGUAUGGAGAGAAGAGCGACGGAUUAGUAACUUGCCGAGAUGCUGAAGUUCCGGGUUCAGUUGUCGUCAGACCAGACAGGAAGCUCGAUCACGCAUGGAUGGUUUAUUCUUCAGGUAAGAAGGAUCCUAAUGAGCCUGAUUGCAGUGAAAUGUGUGAGGCUCUUUUGACCAUGCUUGUGGAGCUUGGCAAGAAUAAGGAAGUAUGCUCAUUGCAUGGUUAUUGUGAAUGAUGCAAAGCUUAAAGUAGCAAUUUUGGAGACUCUACAACAAUCUUUCUUCCAAAGGAGUUUCUUUUUUUUUUUUUCAAUGAAGUGUUUGAGCUUUGGCUUAAUAGUUUUUUCUGAAAUGGAAAACCUCAUAAGCAAUUUCAAUAUUUUUGGGUCUAACUUUAAUUGAGAAAUAUUGUAAAAUCAAUGGAAUUAAAAAGAAAAAAGGAUUGUUCCAAUUCCUUA